AUGCGUUCUCUCGUAUUUGUGUGUUGUACGGUGGUAUUGGCGCUCAAGUGCAUCGUGGUACUUGGACAGGCUCCUGCUGGUUGUACCGAUCAACAAGUCUUCUCUCAAUGCUUGAAAAACGAGGAUAAUUACUUGAAGACGUGCAAGAGUGAUGACUUUGCGUGCUUGUGCAAGUGGAAUAGAGUAAAACUCCAAUGCUGGGAUAAUAGCUGCCCGAAUGAUCCAGCACGAGCGACACAAGCAGGUGUCGUUGAGAAUUAUUGUGGUGUUGCCAAAGCAAAUAGCCCAGCCACCACAGCAGCUGCCUCUUCCACAAUGGCGCAGAGUAGCUCGAAAUUGCCAUCUGCAUCAUCAACAGCUCAACCAACAACUAGCUCCUCUUUGCCUCCUUCCAGUGGAUCUGCAUCCGAAACACUGCAGAUUGCUGACAAGAAAAUCCAUGUGGUAUUCGCUUCUCUUGCUAUUACGCUUUUGCUCACGUACUCGCAUUAA